AGGGAUUUACGACAGAAGGAAAUGCUACAAUAGGAGUUCUAGGCUCCUGUAAGCCCGUCGUCUAUAAAUACCUCGCACAUUGUUUCUCCUAAGCACAGAAAAAUUACCCUUUUCUCACAUCCAUCUCCAUCCUUUAGCCGCUAAGCAAACCAGCAUGAUUAGCACAAAGAUUCUGAUCAGAAUGGCAAGAAAGUGGCAGAAAACGGCUGCCAUUGGCAGGAAGAGGCUUGCUUCAUCGAGGACUGAUCGAAAGAUGGCUGGUGCAAACCGUUCUAAUAAAUCAUCAGUGGUUGAUAAAGGGCAUUUUGUAAUCUACACAACUGAUAAGAAGCGUUUUGUGAUUCCCUUGGCGUAUCUUUGCAACAACAUCAUUCUCGAGCUCUUGAAGAUGUCUGAAGAGGAGUUUGGACUGCCAAGUGAUGGGCCUAUAACAUUGCCGUGUGAUUCAGUUGUCAUGAAUUACAUUGUCUCCCUGGUAAAACGAGGAUUAACUAGGGAUUUGGAGAAAGCUGUGGUGAACUCUGUUGCAAGCUACCGCUGCUCAACGAAUACUACUUAUUUCCACCAAGGACACGCAGACCAACAGUCACUUGUUUGUGGAUUCUAAGGAAAUUAGUAUUCAGUACUGUAAAUGGUUUAUGUUAAACAAAAUGGAAGCUCUUGUAAAUGUUGAAACCUGUUCUGUACGUAUACCAGUACAUGUUAAGGUGUAAUAUAGUCAUUUUUUGAGAAAUGCAAUAGCAAUAUUAAUGACUAUAAUGGUUUGGCGCC